AUGCCAGGAAAAGAUAGAUUCGACGCCCACUCCAGCCAGCCGAAGCCCCUUUGGAAGCCGACAGUGCCGUUCGAUCAGAUCCCCUUGAACGUUUACCGGGAACAUGUCAACAAGAAAUUCCAACAGCAGCUGAAGAACUCUCACGAGCUACACCAAUGGACCGUCACGGAGCCACAAGCGUUCUGGAUAGAUCUCUGGGAUUAUGUCGGCUUGAUACCCACGUUGCCUCCAGGGACAACGCGAGCAUACGACCCUGACAUCCCCAUCUCAGACGUUCCGCCAUUCUUUGAAGGCGCUACCAUCAACUACGCCGAGAAUGUAUUGACUCAGCCACGUGUUGCGGACCAUACCCCGGCCCUCAUAGGGCUCAAGGAAGGCCAGGGGCUCGACGGCGAAGUCUGGACGUGGUCGGAGCUGCGGGAACAAGUUCGCAAAGUCCGAAGUGCUCUGCUGAGAAGCAGCGUCCGGCGGGGUGAUCGGGUGGCGGCCCUGGUCUCGACGUCGGUCUGGUCGGUGGCCUUGUUUCUGGCCACGGCCAGCAUUGGAGCCGUCUUCACGUCGAUCGCGCCGGAUCUCGGCCUCGAGGGAUGUGUUUCCCGAUUGCAACAAGUGCAGCCGUCCAUCUUGUUUGCAGAUAGCCACUGCACAUACAAGGGGCGACAAAAUUCCAACGCGACCAAGAUCUCGAACAUCGUGACAGCACUAGAAGCGACACCAGAGGUGUUUGUCAUACCCACGGGAGGAGUAUCAGGGAAUUUUCAGACGCUGUCUGACUUCCUGGCCCGAUCGAGAAGCAGCGACAAGAUCGAGUUCGCAAGAUUGCCCUUUACCACGCCGCUCUACAUCCUCUACUCCAGCGGGACUUCGGGUCCUCCGAAAUGCCUCGUACACAGCCACGCCACCAUCCUCCAGCACAAGAAGGUCGGGAUGCUGCACAACUCGCUUCAACCGGGCGAGGUUGUCUUCCAGUACUCGAGCACGUCGUGGGUGCUCUGGAACAUCAUGAUUGGCCACCUCGCCAUGGGCGCGACUCUGGUCCUGUAUGAUGGGUCACCCACCUGGCCGGAGCCGCAACGGAUGCUUCAGAUUGUCGAGAAAUUCAAGGUGAAUUACUGGGGUGCCUCUCCAAAAUAUCUGAAGGAACUCGAAUCGACGGGCUGUAAGCCAAAGACGGAAUUUGACCUCUCCCAUCUUCGGAUGGUCCAGACGGGCGGCUCACACCUUGCUUCGGAUCAGUACCACUGGUUCUACGACGUCUUCCCCUCGGCCGUGCAUCUCACGAGCGUGACUGGCGGAACUGACCUGGUCACGUCUUGGUGCGGCACCGAUCCCGCCGGUCCCGUGUACCCGGGAGAAAUUCAAAUGCCCAUCCUGGGGCACGACGUCGACAUCGCAGAUCCGGUGGAUGGCCAUUCCAUCAAAGUGACCGGCCAAGCUGGGGAGUUCGUGUGUCGCAAACCAUUCCCUUCCAUGCCCGUGUGCAUAUGGGGAGAUGCGACGGGCGAGAAGUACCGAGCAUCGUAUUUCAGCCGGUACUCAUUUCCGUGUUGGGCGCAGCACGAUUGGGCGAGCGUCAAUCCAUUGACAGGAGGUUGGAUCGUCCAUGGAAGAAGCGACGGCGUCCUCAAUCCCCAAGGCAUCCGUUUUGGCUCGGCAGAAAUCUACUCCAUCACAGAAGCGGCGCCGUUCCCCAGCAAAAUCGUCGCCACACUCUGCGUUGGGCGGAAGAGGCAGGGUCUUGACUCGGACGAGUCGGUCUUCCUCUUUGUCGUCAUGCGUCCGGGACACGACUUCACCAGACCUCUGCAGAGAGCACUCAAGGAUGCCAUCCGUCGCGGGCUGAGUGCUAGACAUGUGCCCCGCUUCGUGGUCGAGGUCAAGGAGAUUCCCAUGACGUCGAAUGGGAAGAAAGUCGAGACGCUCGUGAAGGAGGUCAUUUCCACGGGGAAAAUGCCGCGCACCAUCAGCUCUACCGUGGUCAACUCCAGUUGCCUCGAGGACUUUCGACAGUUCUACCACCUCGAGCCAGAGCUGGGUGCGAAAUUGUGA